GACAGUGAAUUAAAAGAAGAGCCAAAUAAAAUCAAUAGACCGCCGUGAAAAUUCCGCAGUGUAACAUCGCAUCACCUGAAGAAGAGAAAAUAAAUAAAAAUAAAUAACCGAAUGACUUGACAGAAUAUCCGACGAUAUCCGAGUGAGAGUCCGCGUGAAGUUGAAAAAUAAAAUAGAAAAAAAAAAGUCCAACAAAAUAAAUAAAAAAUAAAAUUACAACGAACGGUUACGUAAGUUGACUUCCGGUUGGACGACUCUGUCUUGGUCCGUGUGUUGAGUCCAGUCACGCUCGGGCGAUUCAACUCUGUUCGCAUCGCCAGAGCCAAAGAGGGAAGUCAAAAGCACCAAUACAGAGAGUGAAGAAUCCUUGUUCAACUAUUUCCCAAGGGGUCUUGAAUUGAAGAAAACGUGGAUAUAAGAAAAAAAUCAGGCUUAAGUGAAUAAAAGUGGGGCGUUUGUGUUGUUGCGAGUGGAAUACGGGGGAGAAUUUUAGUGGCACAAUGAGUCCCAAAGUGUUGUUAGGGCUGGUGCUUGUGUUGGUCUUUGACAUUGUUGGUGGUAUGGCGAGCAAUGUUGGACCAGCCGCUGCUACCAGGCAACGACGUGCACCAGUUUACAGCAAUGAAUUUGCUGUUUAUAUACCCGCUGGACCGGAGGCUGCUGCUUCUAUCGCCGAGACACUUGGCUUCGAUAAUAUUGGCCAGGUGAGUUACCAUUACUGCCAUCAAGUGAACGCAGAGUACGUCAAGUCAGACAUGCAUGACAAAUCCUGUUAACUCGAAAAAUUUUGAUGGCAACGACAUUCAUGAGUUUAAUCCAGCACAUUUUAGUUCCACGGAUUAAUUAUAAAAGCGGAUGUAAGACUGAUGAAUAUUGCAACGUCUCAUAGAAAUUUGGAUACGUUAAGCAGUCCUCUGGCAACAUCAAAGUCUGAAACGACAAAGCUGGAUGUCUCUGCUAAAUGCUUUGCUCCGAUAUCUCCUUAACUCAUGUACGGAGAAAUUCAGUUUAAUUAGAACUGCGGAAAGAUGAGACAGAGAUUCGAAUAAAUUCGAUUCGUUCUAUGUUCCCGAAAGAGAUGCAGAUGAUCUGACUCGAAAAGAUUGUGCAUAAAAGCCAAUCUUAAAAAUCGAAAGUUUGAAGUUCAAAAAAAAGUCAAUAAUUAGCGCGACAAAAAUAUAACAAUUGAAGUAAUAGUAGUAUACAUCAUUGAAUGAGCUGGAAAUUCCAAAUUGGCAGUGCUUCAACCAUUUUUCUUAUAAUCAUUUGCUAGCUUAUUAAACAGUUGAACAAAUGAUUUUACGGAACCGAGUAACUCGUGAAAGGCAUUCAAAUAAAAGCAUGUUCAUUAUUACCGCCAUUUUCCCUACAUAUACCUACAGUAUAUAAGAAUCGCAUAUUUAAACUUAUCAGACAAUAUUUAUCUACACUAACACCCGGAAUUCGAAAUCUAAAUUUGGAUGAAUUCAGCUUCCGUCCGUAAGUAAUAAAAAAUUAAAUCUGACGAGCAGUACAAUAUUCAAAGAUUCUAAUAAAUCC